AUGGGCUCCCUCAAGCGCGUCUGGAGCGACGUGACGUACGGCUUGUUCUCUCGCCGUGAAGAACGAUCCCCGCAACGUUCUGACGGGCCUCUCGCCUCCACCGAGUCUGCCCUCAGGCUUGCCAGGACUGCAAGAGGUGGGUCGGGCGGGGCGGGGGGGCGGGGGUGGUGGUUCCCGGGCCAACGCGCAAGGCGAAGGAAAAAUCUCGCGAGGGCGGCGGAGCUCGCCGCGGCAAGAAGGGAUGAAGCGGGCGGCGGCGGGGCAGCAGCAGCAGCAGCAGCAGCAGCAGCAGCGAGCGCGCUCCCAAACGGGCUCGCGAACCAGGGCAACACGUGUUACCUGAACUCGUUGCUGCAGACCUUGUACCACGCCCCCGGCCUGCGGGAGGCUGUUUUUGAGGCCUUGUCUGGUGGGGGGGACGGCGAGACGGUGUCGGCAUUGGGGGAGGUGUUCCGGCAGCUGGAGCAGGGAGGGAGGCCAGCUUCCACGCUCCCGGUGACUCGCGCGAUGGGAGUGGACCCAAGGGUGCAGCAAGACGCGCAAGAAUUCGGACGGUUUUUGUUCAUGGCUCUUGAGGGCGAGAGCGAUAGCCAAGGGUCAUCACCGGACACGGCAGCAGGGGGGGCGGGGGGCGACAAAGAAGAAGUUGGGGGGCUUUCGGCCGCCAUCAAAGAUCUGUUCGCGGGACGAUUGAUGAGCUACGUCGAGUGUGUGGAUGUGGCGUUCACGAAGGAAAAAGAGGAAGCGUUUUACGACCUGCCUAUGGACAUCAAAGGAAGCGGGACGCUGCAAAAAUCGCUCGACAGGUUCAUUGAGGCGGAACUCUUGUCCGGGGACAACCGCCUUAGAGCUGGCGAGCACGGCUUGCAGGACGCGAGGAAAGGGAUUCGUUUCCUACAACUCCCGCCGGUACUGCAGUUUCACCUGAAACGGUUCGAGUACGACCCGUACCAAGGCGACCUCGUCAAGAUACACGACCGAUUCGAGUUCCCGACGGAGCUUGACAUGUCGCCAUGGAUGACACCACCACCGCCGUCACCAAAGGAUGACAACGAGAGCGACAUCGAGAGCGAGAGCGAGAGCGAGAGCGAGAGCGAGAGCGAUAGCCACACCGAUGCCGAAGACAAGGCAGACACGUACAAGCUGUCGGCCGUGGUGAUGCACGUGGGAGGCCCCGCAGCCGGCCAUUACUACGCGUACGUGCGCUACAGGGAGCCCCCCUCCCAGCACCCACCAUCGGAAGAUGAUGCGGGUGGGAGCGGUUCCGGUGUGCCGGGAGCAGCAGCAACAGCGGGGGUCAUUGCUGACAAGAGGGGGGCAUCGCCAUCGACGACAUGGGUUAAGCUUGAUGACCAUCGCGUGACCAAGGUUUCUGAGGCCGAGGUGCUGCGUGAUGCCUUCGGGGGAGGGGGGGGGGGGUACAGGGGGCCAGGGGCUGAGCUCCAAGGAUUUUUUGGUCAGGUGGGAGGAUCUGGGGGGGGAGGGACAGCGUCGGCCUACAUGCUUCAGUACGUCAGGGAAGAGGGGGUUGGCCGUGAAGCGACCGAGAUGGCUUCGGCAUCGGAGGGAAGAAUACACGAAGACCAGGCGAGCGAGCGAGUGCCUUCAACCUUGAGAACAGGACGUACGUGACUACAAGGACAAUCUACGGACCCCUUCCCGCAUGCAUCUCGUCGCUAGAUCGGAAGCGGCUGUGCGGGCUUGGGUGAUUGGGUGCUCCUUGCGAAUGGACGUUGGGUCGGGCAACAUGUUGCGUCAGGUUGCAACUAGCGUUGUGUGGUUGAUCUUUGUAGAGUGCUACACGGGGUCGUGGGUGAAAAAGCAAAGUUUCGGCGUCGUUUCAAAGGAGUCCUUCAAGCUGAUGUGGCAAACAUGUGCGAUCGCUAUGAAACUGCUGCUGUUUUUGUUCACGUUGUGCGACCAGGAUUGUGAGAUUUGACGAAUUACGGUAGUCUCCCGAGACCGCCAACAAGACUUCCAUGAUCGGGUUGGGGAGGGAAGUUAGUCACAUGCAUGCAUCAUGAUCGUUCAAGUUGCUUGUUUCCAGAGGAAAGAUGAACGGCUAUACCUUGUGAUUUCGCGGCUCUGUCAUCCUGCGA